GUCGUUGGGAUUGACAUUGUGUAAACUCACUGAAUGAAGUCCACGAUCUUAUCAGCUCUAUAGAGAUAAUAACUUUUCCGCCUAGGUAUAUGCGUAUGUACCUAGGUAGGUAUGCAGUUUCUUCUGCUGGGUAUCUAGCGAAGCUAGUGACUCAUAGGCAAGGAUGGAACCGAUAUUAAAAGAAGACUGGUCCGUCUUAAAAGGAUACUAAAUCUUGGUAUACGGAAUUCGAUUCAAUUCAACUAUACCCAUUACAAUACUCAUAAACAUGUCUGCUUCCGCCGAUCCAUCUUUUUCAUCAAUACGCUACCUGCCUACGAACGAGGCUUACGACCGGUGGGCGGUAGUCUACGAUACAGAUGGCAACUUCCUUCAAGCUCUGGAUACCAUCGAGCUGAAGACUCUAUUCCCGGAAUUUCUACAAUCGAUUAAAUCUCCCAAGUCAUGGCGUAUCAUGGAUUUGGGCUGCGGUACGGGCCGCAAUACUAUGCUACUUCUUACGAUUCCGGACAUUGAGGAAGUCGUCGCGCUAGACUCGAGUAAAGGCAUGCUUGAGGUAGCAAGAUCGCGAUUGCAGCAAGCAGACGAUGAUGCUGGUUCCCCGAGCACGGAACAGGCGCGAGCGACACCAAAGUUGCAUCUCGAGGUCUUUGAUAUGCUGGCCUCACCAUCUCCUCCGGCUUCAGCGCAAAACGCGGAUGCCGUGAUCUCGACUUUGGUCAUCGAACACGUGCCGCUAUCAACGUUUUUCUCGCAGGUCUCGCAGAUCCUGAAACCGGGUGGUGUGCUUCUAUUGACGAACAUGCAUGCGCACAUGGGCGGUAUUAGUCAAGCUGGUUUCGUUGACGCGGAAACAGGCGAGAAGAUACGUCCUACAAGUUAUGCACAUAGUGUUGCGGAUGUCGUAGCAGAGGCAGCGAAGUACGGCUUGAUUGUCGAACAAACGGGAGCUGGAGCUGGUAUCUACGAGAGAGCGGUGGACGAAGACAUGGUUGAGAAGCUUGGUCCUAGGAGUCGGAAGUGGGUUGGUGUUACCUGUUGGUUUGGAGGCUUGUUUAGGAAGAGAGCGAACGAGUGAGAUACUAUGGAUUGAUCCGCGAGACACAUAGCACGUAUGUCGUAUUUCGUAUAGCAUCGAGUGGAUACAUGAGGAGAUGACUGCUUCGGUUGGUCGAACUAAUCUACAUUAGCUUCAUCAUGGUUAUUCCUCAACUAUUUUGCUGCAAGUGCUAAAUUAUGAUGUGAUUAAUA